GCCCGUGCGGGGCCAUGAGCACGUGCGGGCGCCGGGCGCUGGCGCUGCUGAGCUGCGUGUUCGCUGUGUGCGGGCUGGGCCUGCUGGGCGUGGCCGUGAGCACCGACUACUGGCUCUACCUGGAGGAGGGUGUGGUCCUGCCGCAGAACCAGAGCACUGAGACCAAGAUGUGCCUGCACUCGGGCCUGUGGCGCGUCUGCUUCCUGGCUGGUGAGGAGCGCGGCCACUGCUUCACCAUCGAGGAUGUGAUGCCCAUGAACGCCCAACUGACGUCGGAGUCCACGGUCAACGUGCUCAAAAUGAUUCGCUCGGCCACGCCCUUCCCGCUGGUCAGCCUCUUCUUCAUGUUCAUCGGCUUCAUCCUCAGCAACAUCGGGCACAUCCGCCCGCAUAGGACCAUCCUGGCCUUUGUCUCCGGCAUCUUUUUCAUCCUCUCCGGCCUGUCGCUCGUGGUGGGCCUGGUGCUCUACAUCUCCAGCAUCAACGACGAGCUGCUCAACCGGCCCCGGGAUGCCGACACCUACUUCAGCUACAAGUACGGCUGGGCCUUCGCCUUCGCCGCCAUCUCCUUCCUUCUGACAGAGAGUGCUGGGGUGAUGUCCGUGUACCUGUUCAUGAAGAGGUACACGGCCGAGGACCUGUACCGGCCGCACCCCGGCUUCUACCGCCCGCGGCUCAGCAACUGCUCCGACUACUCGGGCCAGUUCCUGCACCCCGACGCCUGGGCGCGCGGCCGCAGCCCCUCGGACAUCUCGAGCGACGCGUCCCUGCAGAUGAACAGCAGCUACCCCGCCCUGCUCAAGUGCCCCGACUACGACCAGAUGUCGUCCUCGCCCUGCUGAGCCGUGGCC